GGAGCCUGUUAACAAACAAUACGUAACUCUAACCAACACACCUCUUGCUCAACUGCUAAAUAAAUGAAUUUUUGAGCUUAUACGAGACCUACAUAAGCCCUUAAUCCUUUCACGAAUAUUUAUUUGUUCUGCAUCUUUUCUAAUUGGCAUAUUUAUAACAAACGUCUCCUAAUAUAACCAAACUUGCUUUCAUUUUGGCUGUUUCCUUACAGCGUUAGUUACUACAAUUAUGUUUCUUUCAUUCAUUCUUAUUUAUUUAUUAGGUGGAUUUACUUUCUUGCCUUUGUUGAUCGUCUUGUACCUAUUCAGGCCGUUUCAACCUAAAAAGAACUUUGACGAAAACAAUAUUUCUACAAAGGCUUAUGCAAAAUCUAUUUCUGAUUCUCCUGAAAAGGUCUUAAUUCAAGAUUGGAUUAGGUUGUCUCCAACAUUCCUUAAUGGUAACAGUGGCUCGGUCAAAAUUCAUGAAAUUGAAGAGUCUCCUGACGGAAAAGUAGAGUCUCAUGCCCUUCUUUCGGAUCUAAAGAUUGUAAAUGAAGAUGGUAAAACGACUCGAUACUGUUUAAAGAACCCGAAAGACGUUUAUUUUGUAAAACUGAUCGAUGGUCAACUUUUACUACACGACCCACUAAACACUCAUUGUUUACUGCGUACACUAGAUCUAGAGGACUAUCAUAUAAAAAUAUUUCCUUCUGAAGUUUCCGAGAAUGAAGCAUUUAGCAAUCGAAACGCGGUUUUACUAAAGCCUACUUCAGAUAAGCAGCAUCCUCAGUCAAGCCCAAUAAGUUUAGAAUGUCAAAACUUGUAUCUCUAUGCAAGAAGUCCGUCGAAAAAGGAAGAUUGGUAUUUCAAACUUCUCUCCUUCUCGAAAACUUGCCCCCCUCUUAGACCAACUGACGGUCCUGCUAGUUUUGACUAUUACUCUGUCAAAAACAACCUCGAUAAUCUUUCUUCUCCUGAUCUAACCUGGCUAAACGCAUUCAUUGGAAGGAUCUAUUUAGGAAUACAUAAAUCUGAAGGUUUCAAAAAUACCGUCAAGCACAAACUAUCCCGCAAACUGUCGAAAAUAAGUACGCCGGAAAUGAUGUCUGACAUUCAGGUUACCAACGUUGAUGUUGGUGAAUCCAUUCCUAUUGUAGACAACUUAGAGCUUGUCUCGAUUUCAGAAGCAGGAGAGCUCAAUGUAUCCGCAGACAUACUAUACCAGGGUGACUGUAGUUUCAAAGCUGAGACGGCUGCGAAGCUAAAGCUUGGAUCAAAAAUUCCUUCUAAAAAAGUAACAUUCUCAUUGGUUAUUCGUCUAAGGCAUUUGUCUGGAAGAGUCCGUCUUCUAAUCAAACCACCUCCGUCAAACAGAAUUUGGUACGGUUUUUAUGAGGAUCCUAAAAUUGAACUCCAUGUAGAACCUAUGGUAUUGCAGAAGCAACUUAGUAACAGUUACUUACUGAACUAUUUACGAAAUAAAUUAUUGGAUCUGAUAUUUGACACCAUGGUUCUUCCUCAUAUGAAUGAUAUUGCCUUUUUCUCUGAUGACCCUUGCCCUAUAAAGGGAGGUUUAUACAACUCCAAAGAUUCAUAUGUUAAUAUAACAGGAAAAACAGAAGACACCAAAAAUAACAAGAAAAAAGUUGAAUCUCCUGAGCCACAAAUAGAUGAAGCAGACCGCAACUCCAUCAAAUCUCACGAAUCUGACGUUAAAGAUUUUGACUUGGCUAAAUCUUUAAGUAAAGAUCUCAGUGAUAGCUCCGAUAACUGUGAAUCAGAUGAUGAGUCAAAAAGCACUCAAUCACAAACGUCUAUACCUAUCACUAAUAAUUUUACCUAUGCAAUGAGGGAUGAUAAAUCUAUAAAGUCAAUCCCUGCUGAAAGAAAAAGCAUAAUGUCCCGAAAAACAAGACCAAAGUUUUGGAAUGAUUCUUCUCAAUCUACUAUAUCCGAUGCCACUAAAAAGUAUGGAGUUGCCGCAAAAAAGUCUUUUUUUCAAGGAAUAUCAGAAGCGAAGUCAUUGGUGAAGAAACUUCAAGCUAACUAUACGAAUUCUUCUGAUGAUGAGGAUGAUAAUUUAUUAAAAUCAAACUUGCAAGAACCUCAAACGAAAAAACCUGCACUUAACAAUACUUCAUUAGAGGAGGAAAAGUUAACAGGAAAUGUAAAUGAAAAAGAAAGCCUUAGCGUCUCCCAAAAUGAAGAAAAAAAAGAAUUACUACCAAAGAAUCAUUUGUCUAAUGAAUACUUUCCUUGUAAAAAUGGGAGUUCACAAUUUGUGGACCAAUUACAGAUGCCUGAUUCCAGCGGCAAAUCAAUGGAAGAACCAAAAGAACAGUUUGAAGGACAAAAGAACUCUACCCACAUCCCACAUGAAUCAAUAAAUGGUGAACAGCUACCGGCGAAAGAGUUAGAACUAAACACCAUCAGAACUACGUCUGUUGAUUGUAAACAUAAGCUACCUCGUCGACCUCUUCCUAAUGAUGUUUUCAAUGAGAAUAGUAAAUAAUUUAUGAGUCCAUAUUAAAUAAUAACUGAUAUACUACAGAGAAGACAUAGUAUGUAUGCCAA